AUGCAGGCUGCAGGUGAUAUCGGGGAAUCUGGCCGAGAAGGGGUAAAAGGAUUGGAAGAAGGAGGAGAGUGGAAAGCCGGAGAGCAAAAAGCCAAGGAUAGUAAGCACGCACACCCGUGCACGCGCACACCCACAGUCACACACGGUGGAGAAGAGUAUCUCCAAAUCUCGGCCGAGGCACAAGGAGGAAUGAGGAUACUAAAUAGGAGAGAGGCGACUAAAGAACAACCAUGGAUCGGGGGAGGACGAUCGAGAGUUAGGUCAAUUGGACUGGAUCAUCGGAUCAGAAAGGGAAAAUCCGAUCCCGGAAGUGCAAGUCCAUUCGGACAGCGGAGAGGGGGGAAGAGAGAGGGGGGGUGGAAUAGAGGGCAGAGGAAAGAAGGCAAAAAGCAAAGCAACCCUGCCUUUAAGGUUGUUGCAGCCGCUGUCUUGACCCCAUGGCAUCUCUGCUGCGAGUCAGGAUGUGGUCGAGUACCGACAUGGGUUCAGGAUGCGUCGGGGAUGGUGAGAAAUGCGCCUGGCUAUCGAUCUGGCGCCUUCCGAGCUUCAUUGGCUCCCUCCGGAAGUAGAGCCCCUCCGGCAACCAUGGUACAUGGCUUCCCUAGCACCUCUGGGCAGCUACGCGGAUCACUAAGGGCGACACGUCCAACGUCUGUGUGCCCGCUGUCUGGUACCGAUCCCAGGGUGGAUGCACGAUGUACUAGGCAUGUAUGGAUGGUGUUACCAGGUGGUGCACCCGGACCUACAUGCUACAUGCUAUAUCCACAGGGGAUAAUCCUGGAUACAUAG